UUCCUUCCUUCCUUCGUUCGUCCCUCUCUCUCUCUCACUCGGACGAUUGACUCUCUGGCGCCGGAGCUGGAGCUCUCGGAUCUGCUGCAGAGGACCACUGCUGCAGCGCAUUCCUUCUCAACUGUCCAGAUCCCGGAGGGCAGGGGACUGUAGGCCGCGAUUCUGAGAGAGAGUGAGGAGUGAGGAGGUGGACGGAGAAUCAUCAUCAUGUUGACUGGAUAAUCUUCAAUUCGAAUCGGAAUUUUCGCUUCCCCCCCUCCUCUGCUCGGCUCUGCUGCUCGUGAGUGAGUUAGUGGGUCGGUGGUCAGGGAGGAGGAGUUUUUUAUUCGUGCGGGGGUGGACUUUUUUUGGUGUUGGGUUUUGUUUCUCGCUGUGGGGUUUAGGUGAGAUCCGGGUUUUGCUGUGCGAUUUGGAGAGGUUCGGAUUUCAUUUCGGACGUCGAAAGCUUGCGAUUGUGAAGCUGAGCCGAGCAGGAGGUUCUUCGGGUUUGGCGAUUUGGAGAUUUGAGCCUCCUCGCGGCUGAACUUUCCGAACUGCUUGUUCGAACGCUAGCAUACGUUUGGAGGCGCUGGACGCUUGUAUGGAAGUUUUACUCUCGCAAUUCGAAUUCACCUCUUCGCCAGUGUACCUUCGCUUCUCUGUGUUCCAGUGACUGUUGCGUCGAGCGCCUCCUGUUUCCUUUAUCGACCGAAUCCAGGCUUGACUACGAAGCUCUUGGAAGUCGGAGACUCACAUGGCUCAAGCAUCGGCAGUGACUUGCAUUACACGAGGGAGUUUGAAACCGGAAGCCAGAAAUGGGAUUGAUAUUGGACAAAAUCUGCGAUCUGGGGGAUCCUGCCAUGCAUCGUUCAACUCCAGUAGAAAAUUUCCAUCCAAAAUUCUUGAAAAUCUAUCAAGAAAUCCUUCAAAAGCUGCAAAGAGGACCGAUUAUCCAGUAGUGAGGUGCGCGUGGCGCGGUGUACCAGUGUCAGAAUCGGAAGGAAACCUCACUAAUUUGAAGACAUGUGAUCCAGAGAGCUUGAGCUACAAGCUCUCUGGUGGACCUGCAGUGGAGUUCAAACUAUCAGAUUUCGAACUCUGCUCUCAUGUCAGCGUCGGUCUUGCUGGAAAGGGUGACGAGGUUCUAUUCGAAGGUGUGGUUAGAAACCCUGAGAGUCCCUUGAAAGGAAUGAGGGUCGUUUUGCGCCAGCUGGCCAGUCCCCGAGCUCAACGUUGGGGUCACCGAGCACUUCAGGUCAUAUCGAAUCUAGUACCACAGCAGCACAUGUACAUGUCCUAUGCCACUCGAGUCCACGGAUAUAUUCUGGCAUCUGGAGGUUCUGAUCAAAGUUCGACGCUCACGCUAGUGCAUGGGUAUCAUGGAAGUUAUUCUCUACAUCAGUGGUUACACUCUGAGGACUGGAUGUCUGAGCUAGAGUCGAGGUUGUCUCUGGAUGAAGAAGUAGCUCGAAGAGUAGGCGAUGAUAGACUCGGUGGUCCAGCAGCCCACCGGCACCUCCGUCUUGUCCGCAUCCUCAUGCGUGACCUUCUCAUCGGGGUCAAUUACUUGCACAGUCGUGGAUACGCCCACACACAACUACGACUACAAAACAUUCAGAUUAGUGAGGCCGACAAACAUGUGAAAGUCGGUCUCCUCGGAAAUGCCGCAGCUUUUCCUGAAAAUUCCACCGACGGUACAACGACAUUGGGAGGCAGCAUACUCAAGAACGCAGAUACUCGGAAACUCAUGAUUGCAUAUGAUAUGAGAUGUGUUGGCUUUAUCAUGGCCAAGAUAGUGUUGCGAGAAUUCAUGGACCCAUCCAUCUUCGCACUUUUGAAAAACUUUCUCAACCAGGGACAUGAUCCUGCCGGCCUUCGCGAAUUCCUCCUACCUAUUUUGAACAAGGGAUCUCCUGUUGACAAUGUUGGCAUUCAGAUACUGGACCGCGAUGGAGGCGCUGGAUGGAAUCUCCUGGCUUCGAUGCUUGCAAGCAAGCCCGCCGACCGCAUAGGGUGCAGAGAUGCACUUCGGCACCCCUUCCUGUGUGGACCGAUGUGGCGGAUACAACCAUCUGUCGAACUAACGCGGUGGAGUAUAGGAUCCACGGCAGUCCGAAUCAUAGAGGAAUAUAUUUAUGGACCUCAGCAGCGAAUUAAACUUUCAAAAUUAGUAGAGAUUAUGGAGCGAAUGAAUCCAAACAAUAAUGUGAAGGACUGGACAAAGUUGGUCGGCGGUAGAUGGCGUCUUCUCUAUCACACUGGUCGACAGCUUGGACUUACUGUGCGUCAGGCUGCACCAGCAGUUCUCAUGGGCGAUGUAACAUUGAACUUCGAAGUGCUCUCCGAUGCAUCGCUGUCGCUCAACGCGGACAUUGGAUUCUCCGUUAUGGAAGGUGAAAAUUGGCCUCAAGAUAAGAAGGGGAAGAAGGGAUCGCUGAAUGUGCGUGCAUCCUCCGUAGUUCUGACCGAUGCCGAGAGAGUGUACCCAGAAAUAGACGAUAAAGAAAACUCGAACCGACGGCAGACGAAGGUGGACGACAAUGUGUCCACACCCAAGAGAAGAUCGCGACAGAUUUUGCCGGACGAACCUGGCCCUGCAUCGAUGCCGGUAGUGAGACUUGGCUACCCCGGGGAAAUCGACAUGAGUAUGAAUCUGGAUUUCGAAAUCGAAGACGAUGCUCAGUUUCAAAGGAUAGUUAAUGAAGUGCAAAUUCUCAUACCUCAGGAAAUGUUUGACAUCUCUAGUCUGGUGUGCGGCACCUACGUCGAUUCCCGACUCAUGGUUCUGAGAGGGGUGACGGGCUCCGCUUGUCUAUUCGUUCGAUCUCCGCGAAGUGGGCCGGUGAAGCUCCUGACGUGAAACUGAUAGUCGUACGGGAUCGAAGCAGAACUGCAUCCCUGUUAGGAACAACAAUCCGAUUCUUUGCCCAUAACUUGAUACGAAUUUGGGUUUUAAUUGUAGAGCCUUCGAAUGUAGCAGCAGCAGGCAGCCCUUUUAGUUGUAGCUUGAAGUUGAUGGCCACAAAAUGCGCAGUUUCAGGUCGGGCGUGUAAAGUGUAUUGUAGUGGUGUAGCUAAUGAAGCAGUGAUCAUGAGCGAAGCACAGCUCAUGUUCAGAACUGUUGAGGCUGCGAAUGUAAUUGUGUAAUCUUUGUAAUCUAUAAAGCAACACUGAGCCCAAACAACAGCGGGUUCAGAUGAAGUAACUUCCACGGAGUUCAUCCACUCUCCGUCCCCGUGCAUGUACAAUUUUCACGAAUGAAUUUCAUCUAGGAUUCUCUGCUGUUACUGUCUGUCGAACACUCUCGGUAACUGACUUUGCGAAGGUUCGAUAAUAGCACACAUCUUACUGGUCCUAAAUUUGAUCACUCUCAGAUAAAUAUAAUUUCUUCCAGCUUAGUUCUGCCUUUCCUCCAGGCUGAAUUCGCAAAUCUUGCGAAUUUGAUAAUCACUUUAACUUAUCUGCCACCGAGAAGUUGGCAAUUUCAUCCUAGGUUACAAUGCUGCUCCUACAAUGUUCUGAUCUGCCCAAAUUGCUGGACGCGACUGGACAGGAAUUGUAAAUUGCAGAUCGGCCACCUUGUACGCCGCGUAUCACAGUUCACGCAGUCCAACAGCCAAAUGUGCACGAGAAGUCACACCACGAGAGGUGGGGCAGACGGUGAAAUGGAUAUUAUCGUGGGCGGAAAUGAACAUACUGUUCCUCAACCACAACAAGCUCCACUAUUGAACAAGCUCCCAUUCCAUCAACCUCAUUCAUCGAGGAACUAAUCAAUUGCGCAGACAGUACGAAGUAACUUCGGACACCACUUCCAGUCUCGUCCUGUCCAGUGCAGAGCCCCAUAACGGCCUGGACUCUGAGAAGCUUCAGAGACUCGCGAUCUCCCACUGAAAAAGUGAGA